AUGGACGCACCAAUCAACACAUACCCAUAUAUAAUCAACGAGGAGCAAGCCAACUCAUUCAAUGAGAAGGGAUUCUUGGUCGUUAAGAACUUGUUGACUGAGGAGGAGAAGGUCAACUUGGUCAAGUGGACCAACGAGAUCAGAGACAUGCCACCCACCAAGGGCAAGUGGAUGCAGUACUACGAGAUCAACGCCAGCACCAACGAGAAGCAGCUGUGCCGCACUGAGAACUUCACCCCCUUCCACGACGGCAUCCGCAGCAUCGUCAAGGGCGACAAGCUCAUGGGCACACUCUCCCAGCUGAUUGGCCAGCCAGUGCUGCUGUUCAAGGAGAAGAUCAACUACAAGCAGGCUGGCGGCGGUGGCUUCCCACCCCACCAGGACGCCCCUGCCUACGUACAGCUGGGCCAAGUGCACCACAUCACCGCCAUGCUUGCCGUCGACGCCUCGACCGUCGCCAACGGCUGUCUCUUUGUCGUGCCAGGCUCGCAGAAGGCCGGUAUGCUGCCAAUGGAGACCGACAACACCAUCUCGCGCGAGUGGUGCUCCGACAAGGAGUGGAUCCCCGUUGAGUGCGAGGUUGGCGACGUGCUGAUCUUUGGCUCGUACAUUGCCCACAAGUCUGGCACCAACACCACCGCCUCGUCCAGAAACGCCAUCUACCUGACAUACAAUGCCGAGUGUGAUGGAGACAAGCAUGCCCUGUACUAUGAUGAGAAGCGUCGUCUUUUCCCACCCUCAUCCGAUCGUGAGGAGGGUAAGGACUACAGCGAGGGUGCCAAGAUCUACAACCUUGGAACUCCAAUUAACAACAACCAAUAA